CUAGAAGAGCCUCCUGGGAGGAGCUUUUGACAGGCAGGCAGGCAGGCAGUCACAUUUUGCAGCUCCUGGCCUUUUGUGCCUUCUCAACUUCUGAGCAGGCCCCUUCAUGCAGUUAAAGAGGCAUUACAGGAAGCUAUCAGAUCGCUCCCGUUCUCCUAGUUAACAUAUUAAGCUAAUUUCCUGACUUUCUGGUAUAACCUUUUUUUCCUAAAGGAUUUAACAGGCAAACAGGAAGAACUAAACUUGUUCAACUCCACAAGUGCCCUGCCUCAGCUUUGAAACUUCAGUUGCUUUCAUCAAGUUUCCAUGGAUUCAGUGGAAUCUGACGGGAAAACAGUGUCCAGCCGGUAAAGCACAGAAGUGUGACGUUUUAUAUAAAAAGAAGACUGAGCUGCAGGAGCAUAGCAGUGAAUCUGAUGCCUCGUUUCCACUGUUGUAGCUGAUCCAUAUCUGAGGUGUAAACGUCUGUGCAUUUGGUCCGCCUGACCCAUUUGUGUACUGCACACAGUUGCUAUGGAAAGACAUCUGAAUCUGCCGUGUGCAUCUCUGGGUUCUGUGGGACAGGAGUCUGGAUGCUCUUCUGAAAUAUCUUCAGGCGCUUCUCAUUCUCAGUUUUCAAGGGAUGUGACAGUCUGUUCAUCUUUUGAUGACCCAGAUUCUCCAACUGCUGUGGAGAAGACAGUCUGCCUUGUAACAAAAUCUUCAGAUAAUUUAUGUUUAUUGGAUGGGCACAAUAACUCAGUUUGUCCUUGUGGUGUAUUAGCCACAAAUGAAGAAUCAUUAUUGCCAUUUGAAGUAUCUUCAAAAAGCUUAGUUUCACCGAGUGUGGAUGUAGCGGCACAUUGUGUGAGUGAGAUUCCUUCACAUAAUGUUCUUCUGCGCUCUGAAACAGAAGAGGAUAUUCAUGUCAAUGAUAUAUCACUAGAUAACACCAUUUUGCCAGGUCAGGGUGUGGGUAGAGUCAAUUUGAUUGAUUCAGAUUCAAAAAGCAACCUAUCGCCGUCUAAUGGAGACCAUCCCAUAGUUGAAGAUUCAAAUAAAUGUGUUCUUCCAGUUGUUUGUGAAAAAAAAAUCUUCUCAUCAGAAGACUGUAUGGUUGAAUCCCUCCCACUGGUAGGGGCAGAGAAGGCAUCUUUUCCAUUUGAUGUAUCUUCAGUCUGUCCAGCAAAGCAGGUAACAACAGCUUCUUUAAUAGAUGUUCCUUUAGGAAGCUCCCAUUUACCAGCUGAAUUACCUCAGCCUUCAAAUAGUGAAGUAAUAGUCUAUCCAUCUCAGGCUCUCUCUGAUAAUUUUCUUUUGCUGCCUGAAACUGAGAAGACAAAAAGCCCAAGCAAUUUAUCUCCAGAAAGCUCUCUCUCUGUUGUGACAACUGAGAAAACUGUUUUUACCCCAGAAAUAACUCCACAAAUUUCAUUCUUAACAAAUGAGGAUUUGAAAAUAGCUUGCCUGACUGAGCCUUCUAUAGAUAGCAUUAUUUCACCUGCUGGGACAGACUGUACAGUGAACUCAUUAUUAGAUACAUUUGCUCAGUCUAAUGGCUGUCCAGAAGGAGUGCUUUCCCUUGGCACUUCUGCAAACAACCUCUCUUCCCUGACAUGCAUAGAAGAGGCAGACUGUUCAACCCGUACAUUUAAUUAUGUGAAGGAUCAAUCAAUGAAUGAACAACUGGAAAGUAAUAACACUUUACCAACUGAGACUGUGCAAAACAGUUGGCCAUCUAAGUCAUCUUUAGACAGUAUCCAUUCACCGCUUCAGAAUAUCUGUACAACUAAUCUGUCUUCAGAUAAAUUGCUUCUGACUUCAAAUUGUGAAGACAAUAUUAAAGAGUUUGAUCUUCCUUCUGAUAAGUUGUCUCCUCGGGCCGAGACUGAAGAGAUAAAUUCUAAUGCUAACCUGUUUUCAGACAGCCCUUCUUUGCUAGACACAAGUGGAGAAACUGAAUCAUUCCAAGGUAAUACCUCUUUACCAACUGACUGUCAUUCUGACAAAGGUGCCUACCUUUCAGAAGCUGAAGGAACUAGUGCCCAAAAGGUAUUAACAGAUAUAUUUCCUUUGCCUGAUUUUUGUGACAAAGAAGUCCAGACAUUUAAAAACCUAUCACAUAAUUUCUCAGAAAAAAUUGUGGAAACUUUCUGCUCAAAUGACAAACCAUUAGACAAUACACCUUUUUCAGAUGGGGUGGUAAAUAGCGUUAAUCUGAUUGAUGCCUCGUCAGCAAAUAUCCUCACACCAGUGGAAGCAGUCUCUCCAUUUAGUGUACUUUUGGGUACAUUUCCUCUACCAGCUGAGGGUGAAAAAAACAACUAUCCUGAGACCGAGACAAAGAGUUGUGCCAAAUCAAUUUCUGAUGGUAUUCAUUUGCUAGUGAGAGAUGAGCAGACUUUAGCCUGUCCAGCUAAAGAGCCUCCAGAUAACACUCCCUUGACUGGUCAAGACUUGAACAGGAAAAGUUUAACUGAACCCUCAUCCAAUAAUAUUAUUUUGCAAGCAGAAGCAUCUUUUCCAAUAAAUACAUUUUCAGAUAAAGUGCACCUGAAAACCGAAUGUGACAGAAAAACAUUGGAGACUGAGAGUAAUGCUGACAAGUCUUCUUCAGUGGCUGAGGCUGACAUACCAAAGUCCAUUAAGGUAUCACCAGUGAAAGCCGAGACUGUUGUCAGUUCAUCUGAACCAAUUCCAGAUAUAUUUUCUUCCUCCAAUGAUACUAAGGCAAACUACUGUCUGACUGAGGUACAAACAGAUAAUAUAUUUACAUCGGCUGAGUUGUCUUUGGAUAAUAUAACAACUGGUGUCAUAUGUGAAGUCAAACCCUCAUUAAAUAACAUUCCUUUACAAUUUUUGGUGGAAAAUCCAAAUAGUGCAACUGAUACAUCUUCGAAUGACGUUAAUUUCUCAGAGAAAACUGAAGGAAGCAUCUCUCCAAGUAAAACAUCUCAAAACAAUCCUUCAUUAUCAAAUGUUAAUGAGAAAAAUGUUUGUCUGAUGGAAUCCUUUUCAGAGAAUAUUUCACAAAUUCAGCCAACCUGUCCAGUGGAGGUAUUUACACUUCCUUCUUGUGAAGUAAUAAACUCAGUUGGAAUACCUAUGGAGAGCUUUCCAUCACAGACUUUGGCAGAAAAGAAAAUUGAUUCACUUGUUUUAUCUUUAGAUACAUUUUCCUGGCUAGGGAAAGGUGAGAAUACUUACUCUUCAACUGAAGCAACUCCAAAUAAAUUUGCUUUACAAGAUGAAAAUAAGGUGCACAGUUUCCCAACUGUAUUAUCUUCAGAAAAUGAAUUUUCACUAUCUGAAAGUCUAAACCAACACCCUAUAAGUAACAUCCCUUUACAAUGUUUGACGGAGAACUCUUCAACUAAUAGAUCUACAAAUAAUUUCAAUUUCUCAGAACAAAAUGAGAAAGUGAUCUCUCGACCUAAAGCAUCUCCAGAAAAAGUUGCGUUAAUAAAUGCAGAUGAGAAGAGACUUUGUCUGAUUGAAUCAUUUAGAGAUGGUCGACUUUCACAAACUGAGAUGACUUGUCCGGUUAAGGACUUUACAAAUCCACCGUCCCCCUCUUGUGAAGAAACAGACAGUUUGUUAAAGGUUCCCAUAGAUGACUUUCCUUCACAGGCUUGGACAGUGGAGAAAAAUGAUUCUCUCUAUGUAUUGCCUGACCAUUUUCCAUGGCAGGAAAAAAGUGACACUGUUGACUCUUCAACUGAAGCAAUGGCAGACCAAUUUCUUUUUCCAUUUUACAAUGAGACAGACUCUUGCUCCAAUAUGUUAUCUUCAGAGGACAUAUUUUUACCAACUGUAGUCGCAAGUACAAUCCAACACUGUUUUGAUAAUGUCCCUUUACAAUUUUUGGAGGAAAAGGAAGAUUCUUCAACUGGUAAAUUUUCAGAUCACCUUCAUUUUUCUAAAGAAAGUGAGAAAGCGAUCGCUCAGCCAGUAGUAUCUCAAGACAAUUCUUCAUUAUCUAAAGGGGAUGAAAAUAGCAUGUGCUUGAUUGAAUUGUUUUCAGAUAGUCUGCUUUCCCAAACUAUGGAAUUGUGGCCUUCAUCUUAUGAGGUUCCUGAAGACAGCUUUUCAUCAGACACUUGGACUGAGGACAAAAAUUAUUUCUGCAAGCUAUCUCCAGGUGUCUUUCCAUGUUUGGAGGAAGGUAUGGUUAAUGUUUCAUCAAUUGAAUCAGCUCCAGAAAAACUGCCAUUCACAGAUGGCAAUAAGACAAAGUGUUGUUGCACUGAGCUUCCUUCAGAUAAUACACUUUCACCAAAUGAGGCUGUAAGUACAUUUGAACUAUCUUUAGAUAACAUCCCUUUACAGUUUUUGGCUGAAAACCCUUCAAAUGGUAGACCUUCAGAGAACUUUAAUUUCUCAGAGGAAAGUGAAAAAGCAAUCUCUCUACCGGAAGUGUCUCAAGAUGAUUCAUUAUCAGUUGCUAAUAACAGAGUUUGCUUGACUAAAUCAGUUCCUGAUAAUAUUCUUUCACCUGAGACAGGUUAUCCAAUUAUGGCAUUUACAGAUGCACCCGAUUCUUGUGAAAAAAGACACUCGCCAGUUGAGGUGCCGUUGGAGAAGUUAACUUUGCAUCCUUUCACUGAUGGGUUAAAUUAUUCAGGUAACAUACAAUCCAGUAGCCAGCCAUUGACAGAAAAAAAUAUAAAGACUGUCUGUUUAUCUGAGGCUGCUCAAGAUAAAGCUUUUGUAACAGACCAGAAUGAGAAGGUCUGCUUAACUGAAUUAGUUACAGAGAACCUACUUUCUUCAGUGGAGUCAGUAGAGCAACUGUCUGUUACAUGCCCUUUAACAAGUGACAAUGAUGAAGACAGUGCUGCAUCUGAGAUUUAUACAGACUGCUUCUUUUCAUUUGAUGAAAAUGAGGAUACAAUUUGUUCAAACAAAGUGUCUUCAGAUAUCAUUUCUUCACUAGUAAAGGGUGAGGAAACUGUCUAUAGUACUGAACCAGAGCAAAACAAAAAUUCUCCUAGAAGGUGAAGAUGCAGAAAAUGU